AUGGGCCGGUUCCUCUCGCUUUUCUUCACCCUAUCACUUCUUCUUUUACCAGGAAUACUGGGCUAUGUCCUCCCCGUAACGCCAUCCAGCCAUGACCUUGCCUCGCGUCGCGACACCAUUCUUCCUCGACAUCGUCAGAAGGGCAACAACGACGGCAAUGGCAACGGCAACGGCGGCAAUGCCGAUGCAGACAACGGUAAUGGCGGCGACGAUGCCAAUGCAAAUAACGCCAACGCCGGCGCCAGCGCAGUAGUGUCAGCGGACAAUUCUACCAGUGUAGCCGCCGCCUCUGCCGGCAAUUCAAGUGCUGUUGACGCAUCAGCCGUGGACGCCACGGCACAGCUCGACGCAGCCGCCGCAUGCAUGGCUGCCGCCCUCGAAUCAGCUGCAACGGCUAAUGGCACGGACGUCAUCGCCGUGGACAACAGCACCAUGGCGGCCAUUGCGGCUUCGUGUGCAGGAAAUUCAACAGAAUUAGCAGCAGCUAUGGCCGCGGCCUUGAACGAUGCUUCGGCUGCGGCUGCAAGCAACGCGACUGCUGCCGUGGACGGAUCCGCUGCUGCUGCUGGGAACGCGACAGCUGAUGUGUCCGCAACCAACAGCACUUCCUCCAGCACGGGGAAUGGCAACGGUAGAGGCAACGGCAGAGGUAACGGCAACGGUAACGGCAACAGUCGCGGCUCCAAUAGGAACGAUGGUUCCAACAAUGACGCCGCGGCCAACAGCCAAGGAACCAGUAAUGGACGGAACAACGCAAUCAACAUCAUCAUCGACGACGCCCUCAGCGUGGUUACCUCUGUGCUUGGGGGUAGGCAGAACGACAAACGGGCGCCCAGGGGGGACAGAAAGGAUGUGGUACGACGGAAGUUACCUUCCGGGUUGGGUGAACGGGCUUUCUGA